AUGAGGACAGGACAACUGGCAUUGGGAUUCCUGGCGUUAUGCCUUACCAUUUGGCUAACCGACGGAGCCACGUCGACCACAUCCACGGAAUCCUCGACGUCCACAACAACCACCACUGCAUCCACCACCACAACCACCACCACCACCACCUCGUCCUCGUCCUCCUCCCAUCGCAAGAAAGUCUACAUGACCAAUCUCAGGUACUCGGUAAAGCGGAAGGUCCGUGUCAACAGGAACUCCACCUCCACUUCCAAAAGCAAAAACAAGAGCAGGAGGAAGAACCGAUCUUCAAGACGCGUCAACUCCCGAAGAAUUAAUAGGCUCCUCAAUCGCCGCAAUCGGGGAUAA